CUCCGGACCACAACACGUACGACCACUUGACCAAAGCCAUGGUCGAUGCCGGAAUGAUGAACCAAGCUCUUGAUCUCUUGUUGAAAGGAAGAGCUGACUUGUUCAAUUUCCAAAAGCCAGGCAUGUACAUGAAUCUUAUUCGUGGCUUCAUGGAACAAGGGAAUCUCGACAUGGCGUAUGAGCUCUGGGACGACUUCAAGACUUGUUCCAUAUGCGAGUAUAUCGCAGUCCUGGAAUCAAUAUUCGUAGAGUAUUUGUUUAAGCAAGGCAAGGACGAUGAGGAAGCUAUGGAGCUAUAUAGGAGCUCAGUGAGUAACAAGGGCUUCACAACAAAUGAAACUAUGGGCAAUCAGUAUUUGAAAGUGUUGCUCAAGUACGGCAAGAAAACAGAGGCAUGGGCAUUGUUCGAGUAUAGGCUUGACAAUAGCGGUUACUGGAGUGGGAUUGAUUCAGAUACUCUUAAUAUGAUGGUGAACGAGUGUUUCGAGGUGGGACGGUCAACAUCUUCAACAAGACAAGUCAAAGAAAGAUCCGAAAUUUUCUCGGGAAAAUUUACCGGAGAAAUCGCUAUGGAGGAAUCUUUGAAUCUCAUGUCGAAAGCGCGAGAGAUUCUUGUGAGUGAAAGCCAUGAAGAAUUAGCAAUGAUCAUCGAUCAUCUCUUUAAGCGUCAAGACUCCGAAGAGUAUAAAACAUCGCGUGCGCUGUACGAUUCCUGCGUCUCUAAUAACCCAGCUUGCUUAACCCUAAAGCUUCUUAAAGUCUAUCAAUCUUCUUCCAAUGGCGUUCUCAGACUCCGAUCAAUCUAUCAACUCUCCGAAACUCUCACCCAUCUGAAAACUCAAAUCAUCUUGUCCAAAUUCUCUCUCGACUCUCUCUAUGAAAUCAAAAGGGUUUUGAUUUCAUGCCUUACAAUGCAAGAAACCAAAGAAUCUGACAUCAAGAUCCUCAGAAAAAUCGUGUCUUUCGUAGUUUACAAUGUCGUGGAGUUACAUAAAGACAAAUGGGACGAGCUCGGUGAUUGUAUCUUAUCGCUAGCGAGUAGCAAAGAACCUACCAAGGCUUUUAUCGUCUUCAUCGAUCUGCCACCAGUCUACAAGAGUUUUAUCGACAAGAUUUUGAACAAAACCUUGGAGGAAGCUAGUAAUGUCAUUCUUUAUCCUUAUAGAGUCGAAGAUUGGAGCUUGGCUUUACAAACUUUUGUUAAAAUGUGGAUUCAGCUUCUGAAAACAGGGAUGAGAUUCGAGUUACUAAUGGCGUUAAUGGAGAUUUGGAUUUCCUCUGUUUUGAAUUCUGUAAAGAAGCUAGUGGAGAUGGAAAAAGAACAGUUUUUGGUACGAGGGCUUGAAGAUUUCGAGAGGUUCUUCUCACGAGACAUGAAUCUGUAUCAUUACACUAAAGAUCAAUGCCAUUUUGUGUUGGCUUCCAUGAACGAGAUCGAAGGAGUAGUCGGAACACAGACCAAGGAGAUUGUGAGGAAGAUCGAAAUGUUGGUUGCAGAACCGGACAAUCCUGCAGCCAUCAAACCACAUGAUGAUGAUUUUAAGAAUGGUAGAGAAGAGUUUGACCGUGGAUGGUAUGAUCGUUUGAAGAAUUUAUCUUCACUGGAAUGGUUAAAGAUCUUUGCGUCCUCUGAACUUGAAGAUAGGUCCAGAGAUAUAGCAAUCAGACGACUCAAUGUCUUACUCUGUGACCACACUUCAAAGAAAGUGCAAAUAGACAUUUCAGAGAUGAGACAACUCCAACCAUUGCUUAUCUCUUGCUUGAAGGAAGAAGUAGUUUCAUACAGUAUGUUCAAAGUCCUAGGUGAGGUGGUGAACCAUGUUGCGUAUGAGAUGUUGAUCUUUCAAGAGGAGACAUGGUAUGAGCUACGCGAUUAUAUUGCAUCGAGUAAAACAGAGUUUCAAAGAGCGGUUUAUAUCUUCCAGUGCUUAACAAUGGCGCUUAUUGAUGACGAUUUUGUGAUUCCUGUGAUGGAGAAUCUUUUCCUAGAGAUAAUCACAAGGCUAGAACCACCAAGAGAGUUGUUGGUAGAUAACAGUAGCUGGGUCUUGGCGUUUAUGGGUGGCUUUUGUUUAGCAAUUCACUUGAUAGAGAUGUCAAGUAAAGCUGAAUCCGUUAAAGAGAUUGCACAUAAGAUGAUAGAUUCUAUAAGAGAGCUAGUGGAAAGAAAAAAGGAAGUUGGGCUUGUGAGGAGAGCUUUCAGAGACGUUGAAAGCAUUGUGAAGAAACAAAUGGAAUGGUACAGUACGAGCCAAUACAAGUUCCUUAAGGGUCUGCUUUGGAGACUCUAUGCAAUCAAAGGCAUGAAAUGGGAAAGUAAGAUUGUGUUGUGGAGAAUCAAUGUGAUUGUUGAGAGAGGAGUUAAAGAAGAGGAAAAAGAGCUACCAGCGAAUGAGUUUGAUUGGCUCAACCUUAAUGCUGAAUAGAAAACUAGCUUUUGGUGUUUAGUAUCUGACAUUGUGCAGAAUCUUAUUUUUGGUGUAUAUGUAGUUUGCAUUGAAGAAGAAAAUUGUAAGGAAAGAAAUAGAUAAGAGUUUU